AAAUGUAGUUAAAAUACAACUCUGCCAAUGUUUACAUGAUUAACUUGAGGUUAUUUUUUGGCAACACAUAGAACACCGAAACGAAAAUGUCUAGAAUAAUUUUAAACGCAAUUAGAAAUUCACGUAAUAUUACAAGUAAUAGUAAUAAAUUAAUUCUCAGAGAUGUUAUGCAAAAGAGGGGGCUGAUGCAAAAUGGCUGGAAAAUUCAACAAUCGCAGGCGAGUUCAAAACUAUUGGAAAACCAUCUGAAUGGUGGAAAAAUGCUUCAGCAAUGUCAACGUACAAUGUUUAUACAAACACAAGAUACACCAAAUCCAGACAGUUUAAAAUUUCUACCAGGCAUUGAGGUUUUGGGUAAAGGCAAUACAUAUGAUUUUCCUGCUGUAUCUGCUGCCUAUUGCAGUCCUUUGGCCAAACUUCUGUUCCGCAUUGAAGGAGUACGUUCCGUGUUCUUUGGUAGUGACUUUAUAACCAUUUCUAAAGAAGAGGAGGCUGAAUGGGCUAUUAUAAAGCCAGAAGUAUUCGCUGUCAUAAUGGAUUUCUUUGCCAGCGGAUUGCCCAUAUUGAAUGAAGCCAAACCCAAUGCAGACACAGAAAUCAACGAAGACGAUGAUGAAACUGUGAUGAUGAUUAAAGAGUUGCUGGAUAGUCGCAUUCGACCGACAGUACAAGAAGAUGGUGGUGACAUCAUAUUUAUGGGCUUUGAAGAUGGUAUCGUUAAAUUAAAAAUGCAAGGUUCUUGUUCGUCUUGUCCCAGCUCGAUAGUCACUCUAAAGAACGGCGUGGAAAAUAUGCUGCAAUUCUAUAUUCCCGAAGUACAGGGAGUGGAACAGGUCUUCGAUGAAUCGGAUAAAGUCGCCGACAAAGAAUUUCAAAAAUUGGAAGAGAAAAUAAAUGGAAAAGAAAAGGGCACUUCAACUGAGGCGAAGUAAAGGCAUGACUAUUAAGUUUGAAGGAUAUCAAAACUGACUAACAUUUAUCAUCAGUUGGCGUGAUAGGAUAAAUUUAAGCGUUAUAUUGUGAGUCUAGCUUUAAUAAAUGUUAUUAGCUUAUUGAGA